CCGGUUGUCUCACCACGAACCUUCACCAGAUCUAAACCAGCAGAUACUGUUGCAAAAUUCGGUGAAGAGCCAGAGGUCAGUGCUCUUCAGAAGGCAAAGGAUGUUGAAGCACAGCUGCAAUCCAGAGUAAGGUUCCGUGAUUCCAUCAGGACAGUUCAGAAAUCUCAUGUCCCCGAUGGAGCUCCACUGCAGAUGAAUCGUACAAUUUCUUCACGUUUUAAUUUUGAUCCCGAUCCAGAAACAGAUGAAGAAAAGGACCAGAAGAAGAAGGUGGAGGCUCCAAAGGAUGAUGUGGGAGAGUCUAGUUCUAAAGUGGAAGAAGAGGAGGCAGAGGAAGGAGAGGAAGGAAUGGGAGAAGACAAGUCCUUGGUUCCAGAGGAUGAUCUGUUUCUCAUAGAGCAGACAGCGCGUGACUUCAUAGAGAUUACUGCAGCUGAAUAUGAAGGUUAUCACAACCGGCUACAGAAAGAAAAAGACCUCCUGUUUAUACCCAGCCUGCGACAAGUGCCGCUUUCCCAGAAGCUUCCCGACAAUAUGCAGCCCAGGUACUUAGAAGAUGAGGGUCUGUAUGUUGGUGUAAGGCCCGAAGUCUCCCAGGCUAAUAAGAACAUUCUGGAGAACAGGAUACUGCAGCAAGAUGCGGGAAAGAAAUGGUUUGGUGAUGAUGGGAACAUUUUAGCCUUGCCUAAUCCUAUAAAAACGUCAACAACAAGACCACCUAUAUUUACACUACAUGAAGGCUUAGACUCCGCACUGGAGACCAUAUAUAUUAAGGCAAUUCCAUCUAAGAAAUCCAGCCAAUACAUGGUGGGGUCAGGGGGACUACUCGGAGAAUUUCAGCUGGACAUAGAUAUUUCCGGAAUUGUGUUUACCCAUCAUCCCCUUUUCAGUCGGGAGCAUGUCCUAGCCAACAAGCUGAGCCAGCUAUAUGAUCAGUAUCUGGGGAGGAAGCAGAAGAACCUGGCCAAGCUCCUGACAGACAAGUUGCAUGCACUGAGGAAUGCUGUACAGACAUUUCUGCAGGAGGUACCCAUGGCUCCAGCACUAUAACGGAACAAAGUAUCCAUGAAUAUAAGCUGGACAUCAGACAAACUCGAAAAUUCCGAGAUGCAGAGCAAGAAAAAGACCGAACCCUCCUGAAGUCCCUCAUAAAAGUUUGGAAAGAGAUAAAAUCCUUGCGGGAAUUUCAGAAGUUCAGCAACACACCAGUGAAACUCUACUUGCGAAAGGAGGAAGUUAAUAGGAAAGCUGAUGAAGAAGCUUAUGAAGCUGAAAUUCAAGCUGAAGUCAAUGAAUUAAUGGAAGAAUAUAUGGAGGAAUAUGAAAAGAACCUAAACCAAUACAAAACUGACCUGAAGCGCUGGAAGUCAUGGAAGAAGGCCCAGAAGCGGAAGGGUAAGAAGAAGGAUGGUAUGGAACAAGAUGAUGAAGUUGAGGCUGAC